CCGCUGGGUGAGUCCCUCUCUCCGCUGCCUCCGUCUCCACAGCUCCCUUUUCCCAAAGAAAAGAAGAGGAGAUCUAGGUCCGGGGAGGAGGGUCGCCGCCAUUAUCGGAAAGCUGACAUAAAUCCCACUUUCACACACGCAAUCUGCUCAGAAAUUGACCAGGACAUGAACGAUUUCUGUUGCAGUGGGAGCGUAUUUGAAACGAAACAAGGCGGCGAUUGCAACAAACUCACUGUUGUCUCGUGUGCGCGACCGGCCCAGCGUUAUUAUGUGGGCACAACAAUGGACAGAAUAAUUAUUGAAAAAGCAACGUGGUGAACCGAGAGGAAGACGACUAAGCAAAAUUUUACACGCCCGAAUUUCACUGAAGGAAAAGCCCGUUCACGAACAAAACUGGAUUCUUCCAUUGUUCGGGGACAUUUAUUUCUUCCUUCUUAGUGUUUAAUUGCAACAAAAACAGUGUUGCAGAACACGAGAAUCCAGGCAUGGGUGAUGGAGAUUUAAUUCAGACAACUCCAUCGCAUGAAUCGCUGUGAUAUCUGUUAUCUGAAUAGUUCCGACCCGUAGUAAAUUCUGCGGCUUUUGCUUAUGCACAUCAGGCGGCGGCGAGGGCUGCGGCAAGCGCUGGCCUGACAGAUGCAAGAGGAGAAAGGGAGAAAUGCGAUGGAUCUGAUUCUCACAAGGAAUGAAUGAAAGAACCCACCGCUCAUAUCACUUCGCUGUUAUUUAUUAUAACUGAAGGCUGGCAGAAGAAAGAUCAAUCUGAUCUCCUUUGUGGAUCAACAACUUUAUGGACAAACAUCUAAGUGAACUCCUUUAUACAGUGCCUGUUUAUGGCAGGAUGAGUGUCAGAAGGUUAUGAUGGCAAAAAAGCAAGAUGCACGAUCACCCAUUUACAACCUUAUUGUGGUGGGUUUGUCAGGAACAGAGAAGGAGAAGGGGCAGUGUGGGGUUGGCAAGUCCUGCUUGUGUAACAGGUUUGUGCGACCUAGUGCUGAUGAUUUCUACCUGGAUCACACGUCAGUGUUAAGUACCAGUGACUUUGGGGGUCGAGUGGUUAAUAAUGAUCACUUUCUGUUUUGGGGGGAGGUGUCUCGGGUCCUGGAGGAAGGGCCUGAGUGCAGAAUGCAUGUUGUGGAGCAAACUGAAUUCAUUGAUGACCAGACAUUUCAGCCACACCGUAGCACUGCUAUGCAGCCCUAUAUCAAACGAGCAGCCGCAACAAAGCUGGCCUCAGCAGAGAAGCUCAUGUAUUUCUGUACAGAUCAGCUGGGUCUGGAGCAAGACUUCGAGCAAAAACAAAUGCCAGAGGGCAAGCUGCAGGUCGAUGGCUUCCUGCUUUGUGUCGAUGUGAGCCGGGGCAUGAACCGUAACUUUGAUGACCAGCUGAAAUUUAUCACAAACCUAUAUGGUCAGCUUAGCAAGACUAAGAAGCCCAUUGUGCUGGUCCUCACCAAAUGUGAUGAAGGAGUUGAACGCUACAUCAAAGAUGCACAUACAUUUGCUAUCACAAAGAAGAGUCUACCGGUUGUUGAGACAUCAGCGCGCUCAAAUAUAAAUGUGGACCUUGCCUUCCUCACUUUGGUUCAGCUAAUUGAUAAAAGCAGGGGCAAACCCAAGAUCAUACCCUAUUUUGAAGCCCUGAAGCUCCAGAGUCAGCAGAUAGCAUCUGCCAAGGAUCGCUAUGAAUGGCUAAUCAACCGUAUAGUAAAAAAUCACAAUGAAAUCUGGUUAAACGCUAGUCGACGCAUGAACAACUCACCCGAGUACAAAGAGUACGUCUUCUUGGAGGGAACAGCUAAAUGCAAGAAGCUUUUCCAACAGCAUGUCUACCGUCUGAAGCAGGAACAUAUUGAGAGGCGCCGCAAAGCAUACCUAAGCACUCUUCCUUUAGCACUUAGUUCUUUGGUGCCAGAUCUGGAUGAGAUAGAUCAGCUGAGCUGGUCAGGAGUGCAGAAAGUGUUGGAGUCCAAGCAACACUUUGCUCACUGGUUUGUUGUUCUGGAAGAUUCACCUUGGGAGGACACAUCUCACAUUGAUAACAUGGAAGAUGAGCGGAUCCCCUCAGAUCUGCUGGAGACAGCUGAAGCAGAGGAAAUAUUUAACGCUCAUCUGGAGCAUCUGCGAAAUGAGUGCAGACGGGCAGAGAUGAGACAAGAGUUCAAGCAAAAGUUAGCCUUCUCUCCCUUUGUCACACCCGGGAAGCCUUGGGAGGAGGCCCGCAGCUUCAUUAUGAAUGAAGAGUUCUACCAGUGGCUGGAGGAGCCAGAAUACUUGGAAUUGUACAACCGUCAUCAGAAAGAGAUAAUUGACCGUGCUAAAGAAGACUUCCAAGAGCUUUUGCUUGAGUACUCUGAACUUUUUUAUGAGCUUGAAGUGGAUGCUAAGCCAAGCAAGGAGAAGAUGGGAGCAAUCCAGGAAGUUCUUGGGGAGGAGCAGAGGUUCAAGGCGCUACAGAAGCUCCCUGCAGAAAGAGAUGCUCUUGUAUUAAAGCAUAUCCACUUUGUCUAUCACCCCACCAAGGAAACCUGCCCUAGCAGCCCUCACUGCGGAGACUCUAAGAUUGAGCAAAUUCUAGCUUCACGUUUCCCCACAUGCUACCCCUUUUUUGAUGUGAAAGCACAUUUUGGGGACACCAAGGCAGACAGAAUUAACCUAGUCAUACUAGGUAAGGAUGGACUGGCGAGAGAAUUUGCCAAUGAGAUUAGGGCUCUCUGCACAAACGAUGACUGGUAUGUGUUAGAUGGAAAGAUGUAUGAAUUGACACUGCGGCCUAUUGAGGGAAAUGUACGUCUUCCUGUAAAUUCUUUCCACACCCCCACUUUCACCCCUCAUGGAUGUCUGUGUCUGUAUAAUUCAAAAGAGUCCCUGUCCUAUGUGGUGGAAAGCCUAGAGCGACUUAGGGAAUCAACUUUAGGUCGUAGGGAUAGCCAGCUGGCACAACUGCCUACAUCUCUUCUUCUAGUUACUAAAAGAGGUGUUGGGUCGUAUGUUGAUAUUGGUGGAGACACUGCCUUAAACCUAAUAACACAGGGACAGCAGGUUGCAAGGAGACUACAGUGUACCUUUUUAGACCCAGCCUCCCCUGGUGUGGGGUAUGGCCAUAAUGUCAAUGAGACUCAAAUUAACCAGGUACUGAGAGGCCUUCUGGAUAUUAGGAGGAGCACAUCUUUUAGUAGCAGCUCCCCACCUCUCCUUCCUGAGCCUCCAGGUCUCAGAGACUUUCCUCAGCAGCCGGUCCAAGAAGCAGACCUUCGUAUUGUCAUGUGCUUAAUGUGUGGAGAUCCCUAUGACAUUGAGCAGCUCCUUUCCCCUUUCUUAAUGCAUCAACAUUGCAGGCCUAUGUCUAAUAGCGGCACCUCUGUGUUGCUGGAGCAGACAGUUAGCGGGCACAAACUGGCUAUAGAGCUGUCUCUACUCUCAUAUCAUGCUUCCUUUACUCUGAGGAAGAGCAGGUUAGUGCAUGGCUACAUUGCUGUGUACUCAGUCUCCCGAAAAGCUUCCCUGGAGACCCUGUGUGCAUUCUUGUGUGAGGUUCAGGACAUCAUCCCAGUUCAGCUGUUGGCAGUAGGAGAUAGCCAGGCAGAGCUCACUGACAGUGACUAUGCCUGUGAACAGCUGAUUCAGGGGGAGGAGCUAGCACAUGAGAUUGAGGCUCGUUUCAAUAGCGUGGUUUGUGGAUCUGGAGGAGUGGUGGGAGGCCUGCACAGGAUAGAAAUGUUCCAUUCAUUUCUGAUGGAGGUGGUAGAGAAACGCAACAUUGUGGAGGCCACGCACAUGUAUGAUAAUGUUGCUGAAGCAUGCACCUAUGAAAAUGUGUACUCCCCACGCUGCAGUUCUCCCAGUCCAGUCACCAUGUUCAUGGAUUCAGAGGAUGAUGUAGAGCCUUCUCCUCCCUAUUAUGAUGGUACACUUUCCUCACAUAGUGGAGGCUUCAAUCUGCCUGACUUGGACUCUAGUGACAUCUCUGUCAUCUCUGAUAUUAGGGACUUUGAGAACAAACUCAAUAACAAAAUACCCCCUCAAGUGAGAGUUAAACCAGGUGUCACUUUUGAUUUCCGGAAGGUCAACCGUAACCCUUACAUCGAUACGCUGGGUCAUCGUCGCUCCCUGCCCUCUGCCGUUACCUGGGUCCCUGGUGGAGAUGUGGGCUACGAUCCUUCGGACUAUGCCGAACCUAUUGAUGCUGUUUCAAAGCCCCGCCCUAGCAACGAAGAAAUCAUUUACUCGGUUCCACAUGACAGCACACAAGGUAAAAUCAUCACCAUACGCAACUCUAACAGGAUGCACUCCAAUGGAAACGGCUCUGACAGCGAAGCAGACAGCAGCUCUCUGGAGCGGAGGAGGAAGUUCUCGGCCGUUGGGGUAAAGCCUCGUCUGUAUCGUGACCGCUCCAAGCGGCUUGGAAAGUUCAGCAGCUUCCGCACAAGCUUCAUAGGCAGUGAUGACGAAAUGGGAGCGCUUCCAAAGUCCAAAGAAGACGACUUUGGGACCUUAAAAGGAGAUUGUCUUGUUAAUGAGGAAAGUGAGGACCCAAAGAAGAGGAACAUUCUGAAGAGCCUCAGACGAACAGCCAAGAAAACAAGACCAAAGCCCCGUCCCGCCAUUCCCAAGCCCAUAGAGAGCAGUUACUUUGGAGUCCCCCUAGUGAAUGUGGUAUCCCCGGACAGACCCAUCCCACUCUUUAUCGAGAAGUGUGUCCGAUUCAUUGAGACAACAGGCCUGAACACAGAGGGUUUGUACCGCGUUAGCGGCAACAAGUCAGAGAUGGAGAGCAUGCAAAAGCAGUUUGAACAGGAUCACGGAUUAGACCUUGUGGAGAAAGACUUCUCCAUAAACACUGUGGCUGGAGGUCUCAAAAGCUUCUUCUCUGAGCUGCCUGAUCCCCUGGUGCCUUGUGCUCUGCAGGUGGAACUAUUGGACGCUUUCAAAAUCAUUGACAGAGAACAGAGGCUGUAUACCAUGAAGGAUGUCCUGAGGAAGUUCCCCAGGGAGAAUUAUGAUGUCUUCAAAUAUGUAGUGAGCCACUUACACAAGGUGAGCCAGCUGAGCAGGGUGAACUUGAUGACCAGUGAAAACCUGUCCAUCUGUUUCUGGCCCACCCUCAUGAGGCCGGACUUCACCACUAUGGAUGCCCUGACUGCCACACGCACCUACCAGACAAUCAUUGAGACCUUCAUCCACCAGUGUGCAUUCUUCUUCUACAACCAGCCCCUUAUCGACUCCCCCACUGGUCUAGGAGGCCUCCCUGCCUCACCUACCACCACCCUUGGCGGGAGCUCUGCCUACUCUUGUUACCGCUCUUCUCCUCCCCACACCACAGCACACUUCAGCCCUCUACAGCAGUCUCCGCCCACCACCCCCCAGUCACCCCUGCAGUCUCUGCUCCCUCCCCUCCACCAGCACCCCCACUCCCACCAUUCCACUGCUGAACAAGAGACACUGUGAGAGACGAUGAAACCAUGUGUGCCCAUGAUGAUUCUGGACCUUAUCACCGACAUUUAAAACAUGCACACACACACACACACACACACACACACACACACACACAGACACAAGAAAUAAGAAAAUAUAGAAGAUAAAAAAAAAAAGCAGACAAAAAAAACAAAAACAAACUUGCACAACACAUUUUGAUCAUGGACAACCUAGAUGAGAAGACAGGGGGUGGAGUGUGUCUGAGAAACUACCCCAAACUGAUGUUUGUGCUCAUCAUGGUGGGCUUGAGUGAUCGGUGAAGCUUCGUCUGAUCACCUGGAAUUGGAUGUUGGAUCAGAAAUGGAGGACAGGGGUCACUGUCACAGCAAGCUUCUCGUCUUUCCACAGCCACCACUUAUCCUACACUACCAAGAAAUAGAAACGUCUACAACAAGCUGGAAGAGACGAUUUGUGGCCACCAUGUUUUUAUUAUAUGUAAAACAAUUUUUUUUUCCUUUCGGUUAAAAGUACUGCCACUGGAUUUAUGGGCCGGUCUUCUGUAGGUCCUUUGGGCAGCAGUUUGCUCCGCAGUAGCAGAGGUUCCUCUGUGUCUUCCUUUUGGGUUUCUCUCAACGGCUCUAUUUCAGGGGUCGUCAGCAUUUAGAAGGGAAGGGAAGGGGCAGGGGCCACCACAUCCAGGCAUGCACUUUAAUUAUCACUGUUGGGUUUUUUUUUCUGUCAUAAGGGUUUUUUUCUUUUCUUUUUAAACAUACUGAUUUCUUGUGUGUUUUUAAUUUUACAGCUCAAAAACAGCCAUACCCAUUGCCUCAACAGAGCUCUGGCAGAUUAAAUUUUGUUUACAUCCAACUUGUUUUUGUAUCCACAAACUUAUCUGAAGCACUUUUUUGAUGGUGUAGUGGUAAAUAAAGUGAAGAAAUGCCACAUUGAUUAAAUGUCAAUAUUAUUUGUUUUAGUGCUUGAAUGUGGCAUCAAUGCUGGCGUGUUUAAGAAAAUCCUUUUUGUAAAAAAAAAACGAAAAAAAAGUAGUCUUUUAAUUUGAUCCAGACGUCCCAUUUUUAGGUCAAUGGGAAAUCUGAAUCCGCUUCUGUUCCUCAUUCAUCCAGCCAUGUGAAAAAUAGUUUUGUUUGUCUUCUUUCUAGCUGUUUGUUGAUCAGAGUGGAUGUUUAGGGACUUUUGUUUUAAUUAGGCCAUUGUAUUAUCGGAGAAGACUUUGCCUGCCAUCAGUGAAGGAGAAAUGUUGCUAUGUUGAAUGUGUAACCUAGUCAUACCAUAAUGAAUUUACAUUACCAUCUGGUGUCCAUGGAAACCAAAUGCUUGAAACAUGAUAGGUUGCUGGGUGUGUUGCUGUGGUUGUCCAUCAAACCAAGCUUUUUGUAUUCAUGUAAUAUAAAGAACCUUUAACUCACAAGUUUUAAUAUUCUCAAUGUGCUGUUACUGCUCAUCCUGCUAUACAAUACAUCAACCAAUAGUAGUAAAAUAUUUGUGAAUUGGGGAAAUAUUCAGGAAGAACCACUGGCUGUUUACCUACUGUAUUUGAUUAAUCUUAUGUGGGCAUAUUCUCCCUUUUCAUUGAUAACAAGCAGCACAUUUUUAGCUAAUAAAAGGACCAUAACUUUAACCAUUGAACUUACAGAAGGAAGCACCAUCUUUUUAAUGGGGUUAAUGGACAACCAUGCUUAUGAACUCUGGAGGACUGGGACUCUUGUCAUGGUUCUUGGUUGCAACAGUGAUUCAGAUUGGUCAAAAUCAUUGAUUGUAUUAGUAUUUGGGAUCAUCCGUUACUGGUACUAUUUGGAAUUGUUAGUAAGUCAGUCAUGUUGCAUUAAAAUGAAGAAGGUGCUCCGAGCUAAAGGCUGUAAUGAUAGGAGCAGGAUACAGGACAAACCAAGCAACAGUCCACCUUAACACAAUUCCUGGGAGUGUAUGUUACUGCAUCACUUGACUUCUGACAAAACCUUGGGAAAUCUGCCCAUUCAGCAAGCAUCAAGUGUGUGCAUACUAUAUAAUGGUUGUUUAUUUGUAUGUUGGGGAACACCACCCUUUAGUCAAUGGUAGAAAACAUUUCUAGUAUGUAUUUCAAUAAUUGAAAGUCCAUUUUUACAAUUUUUGUGAAUGGUUCAAGGCCAUUUAACUUUAGUGCAUGAUUAAAAAAAAACACAUUGAGGGAGAAGGAUGACAACCUCCUCCUGUUUUAAAACAUUAAAUUAGUACGAGAACAAAACCAAUAUUAAAGUGAAACAUGGAAGUUUGAAAUGUACUGUGCACCAGGAGCAAACCAUGGAAUUUGUCUGACUGAGAAUCGUGUUUGAAGAUGAAGGCCUUAUGUGAACUGUACAAUAGUUAAUAAAUUAAAUCUUGUAAAACUG